AUGGACGGUGACCCUGCUGUGGAACCGCGGCUCGACUCGUUCAGCCUAACCUUUCCUCUCCCCUACCGGGUCGCCUUCAUCGUGAUAUUGGCCGUCUGGGGAUGGGGAGCCAACCUCCACUUCCUGCACAUCCGGGGCAUCGAUGUGCCCUCGUUGAUCCGCUAUCCCAGCAGGUCGAAUUCGCUGCAGCCAACCCAUCACCACUCGACCUACCGUCUCGCGUCCUUUCUCUCGCUCGCCUCGGGCCUCUCCAUCCUCACCUUCUGGGUCCUCACUCGCCGAGACCCACAGCGCGUCAUCGACUAUGACUGGCUGCCCAUGACGAAUCUGCUCGUUCUCGCCCUCUUGUUCGCCGUACCCCUUCGCCGUUUGUCCGUCUCACACACCGGGCGCAGCCGCCUUCUCUGGACGCUCCGUCGUGUCAGCGUCGGCGGGCUGGCAGAGGCCAAGGAUGGCAAGUUUGGCGACAUCUUGCUCGCCGAUGUGCUCACUAGCUAUGCUAAAGUCCUAGCCGAUCUGUUUGUCUGUCUCUGCAUGUUCUUUACGCGCGACGGGUCCGCCACUGCGAGACCCGAGCGCGGAUGCGGUGGGGACGUUAUUGUCCCCUUGAUCAUGGCGAUUCCGAGCGUGAUCCGCUUGCGCCAGUGUCUAAUCGAGUUUGUGCGCGUGCGCAGGGCGCCAUAUAGGGAGUCGACGGGGUGGGGCGGACAGCACCUGGCCAACGCGGCCAAGUACUCGACCGCCUUUCCUGUGAUUGUGCUUGCCGCGAUGCUGAGGCAUCACCAAGGAGAAACUCCGUCUACGAAAUUGUACAGGGCGUGGGUGGCUGCCUCUCUGCUCAACUCCCUGUACAGCUUUUACUGGGACGUGGCAAAGGACUGGGACUUGACCCUCUUGUCUGGCGCCAGGGAGCGGAACUCGCCGGACUACCCGUUUGGGUUGAGAAAGAGGUUGCAUGUGCACAAGCCGGGAGUGUACUAUGCCGUCAUUGUGCUGGAUCUAGUGCUUCGCUGUACGUGGAUGGUCAAACUGAGCCCGCGAAUGGACCACAUAAGCGACUUCGAAAGCUCGAUAUUUCUCAUCCAGUUCCUCGAAGUGUUCAGGCGGUGGGUGUGGAUCUUCUUCCGGGUUGAGACGGAAUGGAUCAGGAAUACUUCGGCCGGAUUAGGGGUUGAAGAUAUCCUAUUGGGCGAUUUCCAGGGAAAUAAGUAUGAGGAUGAAGACUGA